GGAUUAAAUAAACUUUUCAAGAUUGAGCUGGGGAUGGGCCUUGAUGGAAGAGACAUGUGGCAAGAGCUUCCUCCUCAGUGGAUCAAUUGUGACCUGUACCGGUUUGACUAUUCAGUGCUAGGAAAAUCCCAUGUUAUAAUGGCAGACCCAGCAUGGGAUAACACAUGAGCCUUCCGUAUGGUACGGUGACCGACGAUGAAAUUCGUGUCAUGCCGAUACCAACCACUCCAGGACGAAGGACUGCUCUUUUUUGGGUCACCGGGCGUGCAACGGAAGUCGGUCGGGAAUGCCUCCGAGUACGGGGGUACACUCGUGUUUUUGGGUUAAGAUUAAUCAGGCACUGAUAUUCAGUA